ACACACUUUUGCAACUGGCAAGUAGAAAUUUUCCAGGUUAUCACUACUGGGUGGACAUGCGCAGAACCUUACUUUACCGUACAAUCUACAGUGCCGGUGGGAAAAAUGUGUGUCAUUUGUGGAUGAAUCAUUUAAACUUUUUACGAAAGUAACAAAAUGUUCUUUUUCCUUGCCUUUUCAAGCACAUAUUUUACUAUACACAUUGAGGUAUGAAAAUAAAAAUGUAAAUUAAUCACCGACAACAGCACUUUUUGCAAAUCACAGUUCAAUAUAUAGCGCGCGCUCUAGUGGACAGUAGCGUUACUAUAAUGCACCGCCUGCUUCCGAGUUUCGCGGUUUUGCGGUUCCAAGAUUUCAGAGAAUCUCGAAUAUCCGAAGAAGUCGAAUGAAAACACACGAAUUUUAAUAAAAAUCUUAGCAUUUUUGCAAUUUGGCAGGCCACCAUGUAUUGUUAAUUAGUCCAUAAAAUAAUAUAUUUAAUUCGAGAUGACAGAAAGUGGCGGGUCAGACCGGUCUCAAAGAACCAGAUUUUGCUUCUGGAUCAAAGUAGGCUGGGCAAGGCCUUAAGUAUGUAAUUUUCAGAAUUUGCAAACCAGAACAUUCCACAUCAUACUCCACAUCCAAACGCAUCCAUUAUGCCCCGAAGUUUACUCUCGCAAAGAUAUAAUGACGAUUUGUUCCGCGUUAAGCAGCAUUACGAUGCCGAAUUUUGUCGCCUGUUUUGGAAUCCGUUUGCCGAUACCGAAGAUGAUAAUCUACGCGCAAAAUCCACCUACAAACCAAAAGGCACACGUAAGAAGAUGCGCAAAGUUGCUGAAGGCGGAAAACAUCGAUGUUAUCAAUGUAGGUCCAUCUUCCGGUGGCCAUCGGAUUUGAAGUACCACAUUGCAUUCAGCCAUAACGGGGAGCAGCUGAACGUUUGCCCGGAAGCGACGUGUGGCCAAAACUUUCAAUUCCCCUUUCAACUGGUAAACCAUCAGCGUACGUUUGGCCAUCACGAUUGGCAGAUAGUUUGUACGGUGUGCAACAAGCUGUUCGGCAGUCAACGGUUUCUAUCGCGCCAUACCCAGCUAGCGUGCAACCGGUACAAGCAGGAACAACAAGAGCAAGGACAGUACUCAGCUAAUAUGUAACAGCCAACAAUGGCGACAUUGCUACAUAAAAUACACACAUACACACAUAUCAAUAAACGGACAACGCGGGUCACGAUCGCCACAUACAAUAGCAUACGGAAAACGGGAUUUCCCAGUAUGGGAUACUUGUUGCC